UAUCUAAAAAUUUAAACAAUUGAUUGAUUUUUUUGUGUAUAGCUUUCACUGUAUUGUCGAAACUGUAAACACUUUUUUACAUCAGAGGAAUAUUCUGUUUACAUGAAUAUUCUGGAGUCGUCGGAUACCAUCCCUGAAGGCAUAAGACAGCAAAAACUCCUGACAUUUGCGCCGUCAGACAAUUCAACAGUUGUUUUCAAUUGAAUUUUUAAUGCAUUUUCAAGGAUUCAAUCAUUCAAUUCGUAGACUUAGCCAUCAAAUUACUUACCAUUCAUUAAAGUCAUCAUUUAGUACAUCGACGACACAUAAGAAAAUGUCAUCUAAACGAUCAUCAAAACUGGGAGAAGAAGAGAGACGAACCAAAUUGGAUCCGCUGUUGAAGGAGAAGAAUUGGUCGCUCGAUGGCAGCGGAAGAGAUGCUAUCAAAAAGCAGUUUCUUUUCAAAGAUUUUAAUGAAGCGUUUGGUUUUAUGACACGAGUGGCUCUUAAGGCCGACCGUAUGGAUCACCAUCCGGAGUGGUUCAAUGUCUAUAAUAAAGUGGACAUCACUUUGUCAUCACAUGAUGUCAGUGGUAUCAGUGACCGGGACAUCAAUUUAGCACAAUUUAUUGAAGAGUGCUAUCAGUCUUAUAAAUAAUUUAUUUUUGUCU